CUUCCGCCGUAUGCAUUAUUCGAAGUUUUAGUGCGGCGAAGUCCAAUUUCUCCGUCUCGGUUUUCGUUCGUUUUACCUCAGGAAUUCAGCGUGGACAUCGAUUGUUUUCUCUUGUUUUGAUUUUUGAUUUGGUCCUAGUGGUGAAGACAAAAAUCGGUGUCGUGGUGAGAGAUAAUACACAGAAACAUCAAACUUAUUGAGAACUGUUGGGAAAAUUAGGCUUACCGCAUAUUUGAUAUAACUUUAAGAGGAAGUACGGGGAUUUUGAAUUUGUUUACCCAAGAGGACAAAACAAACAACAACAAUAACAUUACGAUACGCAGAUAGCCGGCCAUAAAUUGAAUUAAGGACGAGAAAGAGGCAGGCUUGAAUUCGGAUCUUGGUCGAUGCACACCAAUGCCACUCGGCCACAAUAUUAUACCCAUGGACAGUUGGAAUAAUUGAUCAGCCUGACGUUUAGGUAGGCUCGCUAGCGAGCUUUAAAACUCCAUUCGACGGUGCGUACCUUUCAAAGUGGAUUCUUGUGCAAGGAGCUGCAUUUCGUACGACAUCAUUGGCGACGUAAUUUUUUUGCUUUUGCAAAUUGAUAGAUUGGUGGAACUGUUGGUGCAAAGGGAGGUCUAAAGCAAUUCAAGACCAAAACCUUAUCAAGCUGUAUGGUAGUCUCCGAGUUCACGUUAAAGGGCGGUUGUCGGAUUCAUUAGUACUUGAGCGAUUAAUCGUGGAAGUUCCCCCCUUAAACCCAAACAUCAAAAAUAAACGGCCACCGAGUGAUGUCCAGGCCGCUCUCACAGCUUCUCACCCCUGACCUUCCCGCCGGAGCUAGCCCACAGUUUGGGAGUAGUAACCCGGCGAGUGGAAAUCUAGGAGGUGGACACCUGGGUUCAAUGGCAAGCUUAAAGACCCUUCUGCAGCUACCCGUCAAAGGUGACCAGCGAGGGAAAGACUGCUGUGAUAUGAAAGACAAAGACAAACCACUGGAUUCAGAUGAAGACUCCAGCUCCAUGGCCGGGGGUGUUGGAGGCGGCGGAGGUGGGGGAGGCGGCGGGUGCUCGCUGCGCUCCGCGUCCCAGUCGGCCUUCCUGGGACCCUUGUUAUGGGAGCGCACCUUGCCCUGCGACGGCGGCCUGUUCCAGCUCCAGUACAUGGACCUGGAGGAGUUCCUGACUGAGAACGGCAUGGGCAGCCUGCACAACAACAGCUCCAGCUCCGCGCAGAUCCCCUCCCAGAGCUCCCAGUCCGCCAUCCCCAACCAAAGCUCCCAGUGCCCCCCAUCAUCGCCGCCACCCUGCUCCUCGUCGUCCUCCUCCUCUCCCUGCUCCUCCUCCCCGUCUUUGCUGGGUUUGGACAUGCAGCAGGCGACGCAAGGCAUGCUGGGAGGGUCAGAGUGCCUCCAUGGGGGACAGGCAGCCCCUUUGGACCCGUCCCCAUCCCCUUCCUCCUCCCUUCCCCCGCCUCCUGCGCUCCCCUCCACCAAUGGGGCGGACGUCCCGGUGAACUUUGACCCAGACCCUGCGGACCUGGCGCUGUCCAGCGUGCCGGGCCAGGAGGCGUUCGAUCCACGGAGGCACCGUUUCUCUGAAGAGGAGCUCAAGCCACAGCCCAUGAUCAAGAAGGCCCGCAAGAUGCUGGUGCCGGAGGAUCUGAAGGAUGAGAAGUACUGGAGCCGGCGGUACAAGAACAACGAGGCGGCGAAGCGGUCACGGGACGCGCGGCGGCUGAAGGAGAACCAGAUCUCGGUGCGGGCGGCGUUCCUGGAGCGCGAAAACGCGGCGCUCCGGCAGGAAGUGGCCGACAUGCGAAAGGAACUGGGCCGCUGCCGAAACAUCCUCAACAAAUACGAGAGCCGACACGAAGAACCCUGAAGGAGGGCGACGGAGAGGAGGAGGAGGAGGAGGACGAACGACGGGGUUUGGGGGUGGGAGGGAUCGGAGGAAGGAUGAAGAGAUGAUGACGAUGACAGUAAAACAAACAGGAAUGGACAGGAAAGAAAGAAUAGAGUGGAGGAUGGUGGAAGAGUGUUAAAAGAGUGUAGAACAGUUUUCUUUUUCUAAUACAAACAAUUUAUAUUUUUGAACUGGAGAGAUGGAAAUGGAGAGCGAAAAAUAAGGGCAUUGCAAUGAAUUACAUCUGAUUCAGUGAAACGAGUGGGAAGAGAUUCAGUAACCGAGAUCGAGAGAAGAUUUUGACAUAGGAGAACUGUAUAUUUUUAUAUGAG